AUGAAGACCUUCAGUGAUAGCUCAAACAACACUGGCUCGUCCUCUUGGAAUUCAUCAUUAUCAAAGAAAUUCGACAGACUAGCGGAAAGACUGAAAUCAAGGAGCUUUCAUAGAUCUUCAAAUCCAGAGAAAAACCAAAACCGAAACCAGACCCAAAGUAUAAGAAGGGGCACGAGUAACCAUUCUGCCCUUAGUUACAGUCACUAUCCACCUACAGCCUCUCCCAAUUUUGGACCUGUUAGUGUAUCCACUGGGAUGAAUGAUCUUACUACUUAUAGUCGGACCAAUCAUAUAAGUGAUGCCAAUCAGACACUAUACGAGGCCAUCUCAUCCAACACCACUCAAUCUGAUCGGAACGACAACUCAGAGGUAUAUACGAUAUCCGACAAUAUCGAACUUAUGGUGAUUAACGACAGUGUCCGUCCAGAAGAAUGUACAGAUCAAGAAGCGCUGGAGAUGUGGAGAAGUCAAAUUAAAUGGAGAGAACCCGGUUGGAAGAAAGUGAGAGAAGAUCCAGAGAGGUACAGGGAGCAUUUCAAAGAUGAUCAAUGUGAUCAGUAUCUCUGGUUACGCGAGGAACAUAGCGAUCAGCAGUCAUAA